UUACUUAGCAAUACUUUGUUAAGUGAUGAAUACGAAGAAAUUAAAAAUCAAGUCCAAAAAAUUUAUUCAAAGGAAAAAUUUAUUUCUCUUUUAACCGAUAGAUGGUUAACUCAGCACAAUGAAUCAAUCAUUAAUUAUAUUACUUUAACAGCACAUGGGCCAAUUUUUUUUAAAUCAGUAGCAACAGAAACUCAUUCUCACACAGCUAAAUAUAUUGCAAAAGGAAUUCAAGAAGCUAUCUUAGAAUUUAAAGAAAAUUUUGUAGUUUCAGUUAUAACUGAUAAUGCUGCAAAUAUGCAUACAGCUUGGAAUAUUCUUCGUAUACAAUUUCCUUCUAUUCUUUUUUAUGGAUGUGCAGCACAUUUAACGAAUCUGAUUAUUUCUGAUAUUUUUAAAAAUUCUAAGUCUACUGAUAACAGUAAUGAAUUACAAUGGGUAUGCAACACAUUAAAAGUAGCAAUAAAUCCUGUAAAAACAAGAUGGAAAACUCAACUAGCUGUACUUGAAAAAUUACUGGAGUUAAAAAGUAGCAUUCAGCUCGAACUCAACAAGAUCGCCAAAUUAGAAUUUUAUGAGGAUAAUUGGGAUAAUAUUUUAAUUUUAGCUAAAGUAUUACACCCAAUUGUAAAAUGUAUUACUAAAUUCGAAAGUGAUUCAGCUACUUUAUCUUUAGUUUACAAAGAAAUGAUUGAUAUAAAAGAUUUAAAACACAAUAUUACAAGCCCUAUUCAAGAUUCUGUA